AUGGAUCUCUACCCAGAGUUCCUGCUUCCCGUCGCGUUGAGGAACAACAUCUUCGUGAAUGUCGUGCAGUUGAAGCUCGCCUCUUUCCUGCAGCCGGAAAGGCCGCAGGAAGAGCCGGCAACAGGGCCGGCAACAGAGAACAAGAAGCGUGGGCGCGGCCGUCCUAGGAAGGAUGCGCCAAAGCCGCCUUGCACUGAGCCUCGCGGAAGGAAGAGCGCCGAAGACCAGAUUCGCAACCUGCAAGCCGAUCCAAGGGCAGUCUGCUGCCCAGUUGGCAAGUUCGGUGACCUGGUGAAGGACAUCCUCCAAGACACCAUCAAGCAAGCCAAGAUUCCGAUGAACGUGGCCCGCUGCAGCAACCAGGACCUUGUGGAGGGAACCUGGGUUCAGUUGGUGACACACCGUUUCAUAGAGGAUGGCUUCUCGCCAGGCGUUAUGGUGCUUAUCACACGUGGCUUGCACGAGGGCUUGUAUGAGGUCGACUUCUGCCCUUCCUUGCCUCUUGGUGCUGGGCAGAAAGGUUGCGCUACGCCGGAAGACGUGCGGCAUGUCAGCUUGCUGCGCCAGAUGGCAGCGACUCGGGUUGACAUGGGGUCCAUGAAGAAAGGCACCAUUGUGGAGAUCAUAGAGGAAACCCAGCCGAAUGUUUUCCAAGUCGUGGAUGCCGACACCGGCAAGCAGGUCCGCAGAAAUGUGCCCGGCAAGCUGUUGCUCCCGCGAGACCGCUGUGAGGAAUUCCAAGCUCGCAGUGCUCAUGUGCCCGUACGCAUUUCGAGCUCAGCAUUGCAGCUGCUGCAGGAGUAUGCAGAGCUGCAUGCCAGCCACCGGCUCUCCCAGUGCCAAAGGCUCGCUACGCACGCCCGUCGGAUGACCAUCAAGGCCGAGGACUUCGCGACGCUCGAGGCGUUGGAGAAUGCUCGCACGACAGACGUUCAUGCGCCGGCGCAGAAGCGCCACAAAGCGAAGUGA